AUGAAAAGUAUCAAUAUUUUGGAUAAUGAUUUCUCUACAUAUUACUGCAUGCUAUAUUCAGGCAUCGCUUUAAUGGCUAAACGGUUGUUGAUUUUAUCCGAACAUGAAUUCCAUUUCGGAUCGUCUGGUGCCCAGAGGGGUAACUGGGUUGGUAAGACAAAGAUCGUCAAUGGACCCGUCUAUGUAAAGAAAACCAAGAUCUUUGAAAUUUCUGAUCAUAGCAUCGGUAGUCUUUCAAAUAUAUAUAAAGACCUAAUCCUGAUCCUGAUCCAAGGGGGAAAAGAUUCCUUCCAAGUCCGUGACUUCGGUGAUAAAAAUGGUGUACCCAUAUCUCUGGGAGCAUUUUCCUCCUAUUAUAGUCCGGAAACUUCUUUCCAGGUGAAUCUAGAUAUCGAGUCAAAAAUCACCAUUGGAACCAGUACUUUGUUUUCCAUAAUGUAA